UCAAUUUCUGCCUUGUGUUCUGACAAUUAACUAGAAUAUUUUUUCCCCCAUCCAGUACAUAUAGAGAUUUGAAGGCCAUCUCCAAGGCAAUCAGCUUUCAAUUGACCUCAGUGAAAUUCUUUCAUUUUCCUUUCUGUAAUGAAAUCUCAAAUUCAGAAUACUAAACACUUGAAAGUAAAGCUUCAUUUUGCUUCCACAGUAGCUUCUUCUCCUCCAACUACUGUGACUCAUUAAAUGGCAAGGACGCUCCCAGCAAACCUUAAACGUAAUUAUUCUGCAGAACCAUAUCCCAGUUUGCACUGAGUACUCCUUCAAAGAUUGUCUAAUACACUGUAUCUUACAUCUGACAAGGACAAGAAAUGAACAGGAAACUAUUCCAGAGAACUGGGAACUAGACUACAGAGAUUUAAAGAGAACUGCUAACUGAGAUUGCCAGGCAGGGAAUCCCAUGUUCUGUUGGAUCCCCCUUGCUUCUCCUCAGUAUUCACUGUUUGUAAGGGCAGGACUUCACUACCCACUAGAUCGGCAGGUAGGGAUCGAUCUAUCGGGGAUCAAUUUAUCGCGUCUCGUCUAGACGCAGAUAAAUUGAUCCCUAAACGCACUCCCCGUCAACUCCAGAACGCCAGCUCGCAAGAGGCGGAAGCAGAGUCGACGGGGGAGUGGCAGCGGUCGACUCACUGCCAUCAUCACGGCCAGGCAACAGGCUACUUAGACAAGAUGUGCUCAUGUACGAAUUUAAGUAGAAGAGAAAGAAACAGUGUCACCAGCAUCCCUGGAGAAUAGAAUUGCAAGUGUCAAGGAACGAGAAUUUAGUCCAGAGAAUCAGAGAGAAAACUGGCAAGUACAGCUCAUGAAGGAAAUCACCUACACAAAAGGACACAGAAAAUCUAAUUUUUCAUUUUUGCAAUCUCUCCAUCUGAAAAUCUUAUUCUAAGGAUUUAUAUCAGAAAGUGAAGAACACUAAUGUUUAAGAGCCACAUCAUUCUUCUCUGUGGUGAAGCUUCUGGGACAUCUCCUUAUUUUUCUGGAACUGGAACUAUAAUCUCCCUUUCUUGAAAGGAGACAGGUGUGAAAAAAUAUUGAGUGGCAUCACAAUGGGAGUAACAAUACAAAAUGUAACAGGAAGCACAGCAAUGGUAAUUUGGCCAACCAUGGCCAUUUGUGCUGACAGCUUUUACAGUAUUAUGUAUCAUCCCAACCGGAACAACAUGCUGUCAGGUUAUUCAAGAAAGAAUUUUCAGAAAGAAGAGCGAGUGCCUGCUAGUCGGUCUUCAUUUGUCGUCGAAAACCUAACUCCACUAACCACCUACAUAUUGUGCGUAACCUGCCAAUCUGCAAACCCAUCCAGCGACCAGUGCAGAAUUUUUCACACAUUAGAAGAAGAUCCAGCAUCUGCAAGCAACAAAAAAAAAGAUCUGGCCCUGGGUAUCUGGCUAACUAGCAGUAUUCUGCUUCUCAUCAUUGCCGGGAUCCUCCUUUAUGGCUGCCUGCAUAUAUGGUACCGCAAGAGACGAGAACGUGUAGAAGGACAAAACAUGACCUCAGACCAGGACAAGGAGGAGGCUUGGACAAUAAACAAGUCACACACCCCAGAGCAGUUUAACCGGCAAGGCAGAUUAGUCCAAAGUGUUGAGGGUAAGAAUGCAGAAGGUAUCCAACUGGCUACCAUAAUAGAAAAUCCCUUAACUUCUAAGGAGCCUACCAUGCAAACUUCCAAAAGCCAGGAAUUAGUGCCGAUGACAGUUGGGCCAUUUUAAUUGGCAAACGCCACUGCACAGAUUAACAGUGCACCAUGAGUGAAAUAUUUUAACCCAACAAGUUCUAUACCUUUUACGGUUUGUAUUUGCAGUGUUUAAUUCUUGCUGAUGCACUCUCAUCAGCAUUCUUAUCCACAAUUGCCCCUCCCACCAUCACACAUACAGCUGGAAGGUUCUCAGUAUUAAGGUUUAGAACUAAAUAGUCUCUUGAUUUGAUUAAGAAAAUAUUAUCAAGCAUACAGCACAGAAAUCAAAGGGUAUUCUUGGUUUUUGUUUUGGAGGGAGAGAAUAAGGUUUAUUCCAAAACGGUAACCCAAAAUAAACACACGAAUGAAAAGGAAAAAGGGAGAAUUUUUAUUCAAUAAUAAAACAAACUGAAAAUUGCAUAUUGAGACCUGGUAUUCUCAUGCUGCAGGCAGCUCGAAUGCCCUGUAUUAAAUGACUACAUCUAUAAUGGUCUGUCACGUUUUUUAUCCACAUCAUUCAGAAUCAGGUUGUUUCUGAAACUGCACAGCUCAUUGCUGUACAGUGUACUUGACAGUUCCAUUCCAAACAAGUUCUAGUUAUAGGACACCAGCUAAAUUCAUUGAUAUUCGAAAAAAGGGAUUCCUAUUUCACCCAACUUAAAAAUGCACUCAGGAUGGUGACACCAGCAAGAGGCACUCUAGCUACACCAGCAUGGGAGGUUAAGGUGUUUAAUGCUUAAUGCUGCAGUUAUAAGAGGGAAGUGCUCAUUGCACAGCAUGGAAAGGGGAGAUCAUGAGACCCAAAACUAUGACUCAUGAUUGCUCUGUCCCUAAACUGAAGGGG